AUGGCUCGGAAGUCCACCCGGCACCUGCUGGACUGGGCCAGUUGUCCCUGUCAUCUGCAGUUCAACCCAUUUGUGCUGAAAGGAUACCGGCCCGCCAGCAGCACCCUGGGCUGUGUGCGCAGCCUCUUCUACCUGCACAACGAGCUGGGCAACAUCUACAUCCACGGCUUGGCCCUGCUGACCUUCCUGGUGCUGCUGCCACUAACCAUCCCCUGGAGGCAGCUGGGCUGGGGCAGCUGGCUGGGCGGCACCCACUGUUUGGCAUGUCUGGCACCCGCCGCCGGUUCUGUUUUCUAUCACCUCUUCAUGUGCCACCACGGAGGCAGACGUGUCUACAGCCGCCUCCUGGCCCUCGACAUGUGUGGAGUCUGGCUAGCCAACAGCCUUGGAGCCUUACCCUUGAUUCACUGCACCCUGGCCUGCUGGCCUCGCUUUCGCCUCAUUGCCCUCAUAGUUCACACCUUCCUGUCCACCGUAGCGGGCUGGCGGGCCCUCACCGCUCGCUCUAAUAUAGCUCGCCUCCAAGCCUUUGGCUGGCAGGCCAUUGCCCGCCUACUGAUAUUCGGCUUCCGGGGACUGGGUCUGGGCACCGGAGCCCCAGGGUCCCUGUCUUGCUACCUUCGCAUGGAUGCCUUGGCGCUGCUGGGAGGGCUGGUGAAUGUGGCGCGGCUGCCUGAGCGCUGGAACCCGGGGGCUUUUGAUUACUGGUGUAACUCCCACCAGAUUAUGCACUUGCUGAGCGCGAUCUCCAUUCUCCAGCUGCACACAGGGGUUACGCGAGAUCUACUCUGGGCUGCUCACCACGGUUAUGCCUGCCCUGAAGCCUGA